AUGAAUGAGAGCAGUGAAAGUGAGCUCACACCCUCACCCUCACCUAAAGUCCAGAGGAGGAGGUUGAAGCUUUCAAAUAUUUCAUCCAGCAGUGACGACAUCAAAACUGAAAGCACUGACUCUGUUGAAGAUGAAGAGUUCAUCCGCAAGCAGAUAAUGGGUAUGGGUGAUGAAGAAGAAAUGUCUCUUUCAGAAGAUGAGAAAGAAAAGAAUUUGGCAAAUGAGGAACCCACCAAGGAGGCUCAGCUUGAUAAUGCUUUGAUGACAUUCAAAUCACUGUCUACAAAAGAUAGCACAGAUAAUGAAGAUAGCCCAGCCAGGAAAAAAACCCUCCCAAAAACUGGCACUGCAACUGCUCAAGAUGCUCCCGAAACAAUGCCCAGCACUACUUUCAGGAAAGCCAUUCCAGUCAUGAGACAGAGACAAAGCACUGAUGAAGAAGUAGAGAGCAUCACAGAAUCCCUGUCAAAGGGAUCAUCUAGUGUUCAGGCUUCUAGCUUUACUCCAGGAUCUUCACCUACGUCAGCCUCAUCUCUGGAGGAAGACAGUGAUAGCAGCCCCAGUCACAGGAAAGUCAGUGGGGACAAACAGCAUCGCAAAGGCAAGCACAGGCAGCCAACCCAGCCUCUCCCAACUAUUGAAGACUCCUCUGAGGAAGAGAAGAUGAGGGAGGAGGAGAAGUCUAAGAAAGACAAAGCUCAACUUAGGGCCCAUAGCCAAUCACUGUCUCCAACUGAAGAAGCUUCCUCCACAGAGGAUCUGAGACAGGUCACCACAGUGGAUGAAACAAAUAGAACAUCUGGCUCUGAGUACUCUGCCAGUAUAGAAUCAGAAGCAGAGACUAGGCGAGCUGUGCAGAGAGGACGUAAGCCUUCACCAACGGUGAUACCAUACACUCCUACUGAUCCAUUUAAAGAGAAGGAUACUGUGACAAAAUCAUUGAAGAGUGCCGAAGAAGCAUAUGAGGAAAUUAUUCAGAAGACAAAAGCUAUUCCAGGGGAGAGUCCUCCUGAUAUUGAGCCGCUCUAUGGAGGAAUGGCAAUCGAAGACUAUCUUUACGAAUCCUUGGUUGAGGAGCCUGAAAUUAAGAUGAGUGAAUCUCAAGAGGAAAAACCCAAACAGGAUACUGGCUAUGAAUCUCUCAAAAAACUCAGGUCACCAGAAGAGGUUUAUGAGGAGAUGAUGCAGAAAAAGCAAGAACUGAUGAUGAUAGAGAAAGAGUUUCAGCAGGCCCAGACUGCCAUGGAAUCUUCCUCACCAGGGGCCUCAGUCAUUGGGCCUCCGUCAAUUGCUGAGACCUGUGUGGUAACCAUACCCACAGAAGAGACAAUCCUCACUGGACAAAAUGAUAUGCAUCUUACAGGCACUGAAACUCCCAGUGAAACGCCUGUAAAGAAAAAGAAACGGCCAGCUCCACCACGCCCGUCUGAACCCCCUAAGCGCCCUGAGGUGACUGUUGUUCCCAGUACCCCUAGUGGUUCUAUAGGUUUUGUUAGGCCUAUGGUUCCUCAAGAUCCUGCACUCAGAAAAGCAUUGUUCCCCAUACCAGACCUCAAGAUUACCCAGUGUUCAUCUGGGGAGGAAGAGGAUGACAGUUUUGCAGAUGAGUAUGGUGUUGGUAUUUCUUCUGACAUUACCCCCAGUGAUGACUCCGAGACUAAAGAUGAUCCAUCCAUAAGCCCAUCUUUGUCUGAAAUUGCUGAAAUGGAGCCUAUCUGCUCAAACACCUCUUUCAUCAGAUUCAACCCCACUGUCUACACCAACACCUCCAACUUCAUUUAUAUCCGAAUCACCUCCAGAGGUCUUGCCACUAUUGCCUGCCACAAAUGCAACAAGUAUGAAAUGCCAACACAGGUGGUUACAACUGAGACCUUUGCUGCCACCAGGAGAGAGUCCAUAACCAUGCAGCAACCAUUACCAUUGGCACAGGUUGUAAAUAUGCCAGCCGAAAAAGAUCUUCCAAUUGAUGGUUAUGGUGUUCAGGUCCCCUACAGGAGAGGUUCUAUUCCUUCAACUGAACAACAACCACUGAUGGCAACUUAUUCAUCGGAAUAUGAUCAGCCUCUGGAAGUAAUAUCCACUGAGGCAUACACCAGGAGAACCUCGAUGCCCACUGCAGAGAACAUUCCACAGGGUGUGUCUGUGGCUCCAGUCACCAUCACUAAAAUCCAGCAAGAGUCUAUUGAGAGCCAAGAGAUUCGGGGACCAGAAAAGGUGGUUUCCAGUAUGAGUCACAUGUAUUCUUCUUCAAUUUCCACCUCGGGUCAACCCCCUGAAAGCCUGCCUAGCCUGGUGACUCAGGUGGUCACCACUGAGGUCCAGAGGACCACUGUUUCUGUUGUCCAUGAAAGACUUCCACAGGUCCCUCCACCCAGUGUAGCAAUCACUAUACAACCAGACGUAUCUAAAGUCCAAACUCUGCCAAAACAAAAUGGGAAGAUAAUAUAUCCUGGUGAUGUUAUCGAUUUACGUACUAUGAAGGUUGGCGUAAGGAUGACUGAACAAGGUAUGGACCUGACACCACCUGAGUCAUGUCGACAGUCUUUUUCAAGUGACUCUAGUGGACGUCAAAUCACAGCUGUGCAGCCUGAGAUAGUUAAUCUUAGUGCAGAGAUCACCCCUGCAACCACACUGUCUGUUGUCACUGAUAGUAUCACGAUAGUCACAUGCACAGCCACCAUUGCUUCAUAUAACAACGCUCCAGCAGAGAAACCACUUGAUUUGCAAGGCCCUGUUACGUCAUUACCUUUGCCUCUUACCACAUGCAAACCAUUCGAACCACUAGCACAGAUCGUUUACAGACCUGUAAACUCUCAGCCCGUAGUCAGUGCUGUAACGUCCACAGCUCAGGACAUACCCAUUAAUCUUUCCUUUGGAGCUCUCGUCUCCUCGGGAGUUAAACAGCCAAUGACUUCGACCCCAGGAGCUAUCAGCAACGGAGGUCCUGUACUUUCUCUAGAAGCCACAGGGGCCAUGGAUCUGUCAAACUACAGACCAGUGAGAGCUAUGGUAGCUUUGUCUGGCUCAAGCCCAGGAGUGGUGACCACUUUCGUAGAGGAUGAUGGGACUCCAGUCGACCUUACAGCUGGUAGGAGGAGUGUAUGCUGUGAUGUCAUUUACAAGCUACCAUUUACAGGAAGCUGCAGAACACAGCCCCCGGUUACAACCCAGCCUGACAACCGUUUUGGCUACAGAGAUGACCACUACAAAUACGAUAAUGCUGGAAUUUAUGGUAUCAAGGGCAUGAAUAGUAUAAAAGCAUCAAUGUCUGAGACCAACCUGACAGAGGCAGGACUUUUCUCCUAUGAUCCCAAGAAUGAUUAUGACUAUCUCAGUGGAUCUUCAGAUGUCGCUAUAGACCUCACUGCUGCCAAACUUUCUGCUGGUAAAGCUCUAGACUACACUAGCAAAGCUACUGGAGUCUACCCUGGGAUGACUACUGCUGCAUACUCCCAGGUCCCUGUGACUGGAUUUGGUGUAAAUAGUGUUCUAAGAACCUCAGAUGGAAUAGUUUACUCCUCUGUUGCUGCCCCAGUUCCAUCAACUUAUGCAAUUACAACUCAGCCAGGCUCCAUCUUUAGCACUACCUUAACACCUACAUCAACAAUCCAGAACCAGUCAUUGCCACAUCCAUAUGGCUUCAUUCCCACUGCAGACCCAGGACAGAUAGUUUCUUUUGACACAGGGCUACCUAAGGAGCUUCUACCCACAGCUUUGGCUGACAUCAUAACAGGCUAUCCGGACAUGUACUCAGACACCACUCUGGAAGCAAUAGCUGCCUCUCUGGAUGCCUUGGCUUCUUCCCCAAUAUUCCCUGGUUUAGACAACACCAAGAUGGCCCAGUAUCAGAUGGAGAGGGAGUUUCUAGAGUUAGAGAAGCUUAAGCAGCUAUGUCUCGCUGAGGAGCUGGAGUGGGAGAGGCAGGAGAUUCAGCGUUACCGUGAACAGGAGCAGCUUAUGGUCCAAAGGGAACUUGAGGAGCUUCAGGCUCUGAAACAGCAGCUUCUCCUGCAGCAAGAGGAGGAGCACCAUGCCCACAUGGUGGCCCAGCAGGAGACCUAUGCCCAACAAAAAGAGCAGCUGCAGCAAAUUCAACAACUCCAACUGCAACUCCAGCGCCAGCUAGAUGAGCACUAUGGUAACACUGGUACCACAGGAAACCUCCUAGAUGCUAAAUAUGCAGGAGUAGGGGACAGCGGCCAUCAGGACCAGGUUAGUUUAGUAAUGAAACUUCAAGCUGAUCAGGAUUCAGGGAAAAAAAUAAUUGAUAGUGGAGUGCAGACAGAUGAUGAAGACUCAGCAGAGAAGCAGCAUGUAGGUAGGAGAAAGAAGAAUAAGAGAAAUGUUGAUAGCUCAGCUCAGACUGAUGAUGAAGACCAAGAUGAAUGGGAUGCUCCCACAAAAGCUCGACGACGCUCUCGAAAACAUAGCAGUGAUGGCAAACAUGGCUCCAAGGUCUCUAGCAUUGCUAUCCAGACAGUGGCGGAGAUAUCUGUCCAGACUGACCACUCUGGAACGAUCAAACGACCCAAUGUCCAGAUGGACACUAAGGUGGAAAUCAUCAAGCAUAUCUCAGCUCCAGAGAACUCUCAGAGAGGUGGAAGUUUGAGCUGUCAGACAGAAUCAGAUAGAAGGCACACACCUAUUGAGGUGGGCUACAGCACACACCAAACAGCAGAUGUCUCAAAGUCUAAAGUCUUCUGUACUCCAGUCUCCCCGCUAUCCCCAGAAAAGUCACUUGGAGGGCAGAGAAUGCUGACAGCUGACCCAAGCAGAUUUUCCUCUAGCCCUCGGAUAUUAAAGGCUGGUCAGAAGUCUCUAUCUGAUCCUAAAUCCCUUAGUCCUACCAAAGAAGACAGGAUUGGUGGAUACUACGCAGACAGCUAUUCUGGCCGAGGCUCUCCCUCUGGCACAGGUAAGAAGGUAAAACGGACACUACCAGACCCCCCUCCUGAGGAUGAAUCUCUGACAGGACGGUCAGGCUACAGCACCAACUCUGCUCGUCGCCGUCUUGCCCGCAGUACAACAAUGGCUCGGGCAAAGAUCCUGCAGGACAUUGACAAGGAGCUUGAUCUGGUGGAGAGAGAAUCUUCUAAACUUCGCAAGAAACAGGCUGAGCUAGACGAAGAGGAAAAAGAGAUUGACGCCAAGCUACGGUACCUCGAAAUGGGUAUCAAUCGGCGUAAGGAGGCCUUGCUGAAGGAGAGAGAGAAGAGAGAGAGGGCCUAUCUCCAGGGGGUGGCAGAGGAAAGAGAUUACAUGUCAGACAGUGAGGUUAGCAACAUCAGAGAGGCUAGAGGUGAUGGCCUGGAGAGACCAAGGACGGCUCCCCAAUCAGAGUUUGACCAGUUCAUCCCCCCACAGACAGAAGCUGAUUCCCAGUACAACACACUGACUAGUCCCUACUCUCACUAUGCCCAGUAUGUUCCCCAGACUCAAACCACCAGCCACUAUACCCAACCGAACCUAUAUCAGCAGCAGUCCCUUUACCACCAACAGGUUUCCCCUUACCCAACUCUAUCCCUCUCCCAUGCCCAGGCUCAGCCUAGCAGCUACCAACAUGCUCUGCUCUUGCAGCAGGGAAAGCAGCGACAAACCACCCUGUCUGAUUUAGAGCCUAAGAUCACCACCAACUAUGAAGUGAUACGUAGCCAGCCUCUGCUCAUUGUACCAACCUCCACAGAAAGUGGCUAUGGAGUGACUCACAUGGGGAGCAAGUAUGGCAACUUGGAUUUGAGGCUAGGUCUAGAGGAGAGGAGCAUGGCCUCUAGUCCCAUGUCUAGUAUUUCUGCUGAUUCUUUCUAUGCCGAUAUUGACCACCACAAUGCCAGGAACUACGUGCUGAUAGAGGAUAUAGGGGAGCUCACCAAGGCCUCAACAGGGCUGAGCAACACUGGCUUGAGUACUGGAUUCAACUUGCCUGAUAAGGAGUUGUCCAAGGCGGACAGACUGCUCAGGGCAGCAGAAGUCAGGCGCACAGUGGCAGAUUUUUUAGGCUCAUCUCGGCUUCAAGGUUAUGGUAAAGGAGAAGACGACACUAUGGAGGAGCCUUAUGAGCUAAAACUUCUGAAGCAGCAGAUCAAACAGGAGUUCAGGCGAGGAACUGAGGGGCUAGAACACUUAACAGGUCUGGGCCUACCCCAGUAUCUCCCCAGUGACAGCAGUUUUCGCCACUUUCCUAAAGGAGAGAAAUACAGCAUUGGCAGGCUCACCCUUGAAAAACAGGCUGCAAAGCAACUCCCAGCAGCUGUACUUUACCAAAAACAGAUGAAAAACAAAAAGGCUCUAAUAGACCCUAAAACCAUCACUAAAUUUUCUCCAAUUCAGGAGAGUAGGGACCUGGAGCCUGACUUUGGCAGCUACAUGGGAUCUGGGGCCUCCUCUGUGACCAAUCUGGCUGCUAGGGCUAGGUUACUUCAGGAUGAGAUUACAUUUGGGCUAAGAAAGAACUUGUCUGAGCAGCAGAAAUAUUUGGGCUCCUCCCUGGGGGCCAAUCUAGCAGGUUCUCUUAAUCUUGGGCAGUCCCUUGGAUUGGGAUCCACUAUCAGGGCCACUGCCCAGGAAGAUGGCACCUACCCAAGUGGCACUCGUUCCCGACCUUCAUCACGCCCCUCCUCACGCCCCUCUUCUGUCUAUGGCUUGGAUCUAUCUAUCAAACGGGAUCUAUCCAACUCCUCUCUCAGACUUAAAACAGAGGGAGAGGUCCUAGAUGCAGCAUUUGCCCCCGGGGUGGCCAGAGCUAAACCCACCAGCUUACCCAUCAGCCAAAGCCGGGGCCGUAUCCCCAUUGUGGCUCAGAACUCUGAGGAAGAGAGCCCUCUGAGCCCAGUGGGGCAGCCUAUGGGCAUGGCUAGAGCCUCAGCUGGACCUCUCCCUCCCAUCUCUGCUGACUCCAGGGACCAAUUUGGGUCUAGCCAUUCCCUGCCAGAGGUACAGCAACAUAUGAGGGAGGAAUCUCGGACGCGCGGCUAUGAUCGAGACAUUGCAUUCAUCAUGGAUGACAUGCAAGGUGCCAUGUCUGACAGCGAAGCACUAAGUGAGUCCAUGCUGGCUUUGAACAGAGAUGAUGCCAGAAUCUUUCAUGAAAGUAUCAGACACGCCUACCACCUGAGGAGAGAAGACACAGAUUGGUUUGAUAAGCCAAGAGAAGGACAUCCGCAGAGUGGAAACAUGUCAGACAGGAGACAAAUGAAACUGGUCCCUUAUGCCUUCCCUCACACUCGCAUCAAACUUAAGAGAGACCUGAAGGACACCAGUGUGUCAGGAAAUGGACUUGGAAUCCGUGUAGUAGGUGGGAAGGACAUUCCGGGGAGCAGAGGAGAGAUUGGAGCCUACAUCGCCAAGGUUAUCCCUGGUGGCGUGGCAGAACAAACAGGAAAGGUUGUAGAGGGAAUGCAGGUGUUGGAGUGGAAUGGAGUCCCUCUGACAGGAAAAACUUAUGAAGAAGUGCAGUGCAUCAUGGGCCAGCCAUGUGCAGAGGCGGAGCUCUGCGUGAGACUCGACCUUAAUAUGCUGUCUGACCCUGAGCACCCACAAGCCCUGGAGCACCAUGUCCAGCUUAAGGCUGGUGGGCAGCGCUCCCCUGGUGUGGAUCCUAAGCAGUUGGCUGCAGAACUGCAGAAGGUGUCCCAGCAGCAGGCUCCUGGUAUGGCUGGGACAGGGGUUGGGCCAGGGGGUUUGGGGGUCCUCUCUGCAUUGGAGCGCUCUGCCCUCCUCCACUCGGGGACUGGAUCAGCUGCCUCCAGUGGUGUGCCAAGCCCUGGCCAGCCUGCAUCCCCUGCCAUAAACAAAAAACAGCGACACAAGCCAGUAGAGGUGAUGAAGAUGCCUCAUCCCAUCACAGGAGAAAUUCAGCUCCAGAUCAACUAUGAUAGGAACCUAGGAAACCUGAUCGUCCACGUCCUGCAGGCUAGAAACCUAGCCCCUAGGGACAACGACAGCUACUCUGACCCUUUUGUCAAGGUCUACCUCUUACCAGGGAGAGGCCAAGUCAUGGUUGUCCAGAAUGCAAGUGCUGAUAACAAGAGAAGGACCAAGUAUGCCCAGAAGACCAUGAACCCAGAAUGGAACCAGACUGUCAUCUACAAGAACAUUCAUUUGGAGCAGUUAAAGAAAAAGACGCUGGAAGUGACAGUAUGGGACUAUGACAGAUCCUCCUCCAAUGACUUCCUUGGAGAAGUGUUGAUUGACUUGUCGAACACUGCCCAGCUGGACAACACUCCUCGCUGGCUGCCUCUGAAGGAGCAGAGUGAGAGUAUUGAGCACAGCAGAGCCCACCAUGCUACUCAAGGCCCACCAGGGUCCGGGUCAGGUCAGGGUCACGGUCAGGGCCACGGCCAAGGCCAGGGCCAUAUGUCAGGGCCUGGGAUGGGGCCUGGGCAUGGUAUGGGAAUGGGUCAAGCGCCAGGACAGGGAGAUGGGAGUCAUGAUUCACCUAAAAACUCUGUAAUCAAGAGCAGAAGUCAUGGAAUCUUCCCUGAUCCAGCCAAAGACAUGCAGAUGAUGCCUUUGGAAAAGUCCCACAGCAGCCCAGGCAGCUCCAAGUCUUCCUCUGACGGCCAACUUCGCUCCCAUGGCCCUUCCCGAAGCCAGAGCAAGAGCAGUGUCACUCAGGCCCACCUCGAGGAUGCUGGGAUAGCCAUUGCUGCUGCCGAGGCUGCUGUGCAACAGUCCCGCCUGCAACCAAGACCAGGACACCGGCUGGGUGAUGUCUCAGGGUCAGUGGUGCUGUCUGCCCCAAGUCUUGUGGGAGAUGCCUAUGGAGGUCUAGAUGGGGAAGAGGGAGUGGGCACUGGAGUGGACAGUGCCAUUUUUCAAGUGCCACACAUUGGUAAGACUAUUCCUAACGGCACCGACAAAAACCAACUAGGGACCCCAGAAAAUGAAGCUGGUAAAACACAAGUAAUGGGGGAAAUCAAGGUCGCUCUCAAGAAGGAGGUGAAGACAGAAGGGGACCAACUGGUCUUGGAGAUCCUUCAAUGCAGAAACAUCACUUACAAGUUCAAAAGUCCAGACCACCUACCAGACCUGUAUGUGAAGUUGUAUGUGGUGAAUGUGGCCACUCAGAAAAGGAUCAUCAAGAAGAAGACCAGAGUUUGUCGCCAUGACAGGGAGCCUUCUUUCAAUGAGACCUUCAGAUUCCCUCUCAACCCAACUGGACAUGCCAUACAGCUUUUCUUGGUGUCUAAUGGGGGGAAGUUCAUGAAGAAGACUCUGAUAGGGGAAGCCUACAUCUGGCUGGACAAGGUGGACAUGAGGAAGCGAGUCGUCAGCUGGCACAAGCUGUUCGUCAGCUCCACUCAGACCAACCCCUGA